UCGGCGAAACACAUGGCCAGUAGACAGUAGUAUUCGUUUCGACGUGGUCGUAUAUACAUUCGUGCACUCCGUCCUCUAGAAAUACUCGUACUUCUUCGUACCGGAGUCUCCAGAAUAAUAAAAAGACAAUGGCACCCAAAAUCAUGUUGCUGAUCACCUUGUCGGUUGCGUCCGCCGUGCUAGUCUCCGCCGCUUCCCCGCCGUUCCAAGAACGCAAAGCCAUAGUCGUUCUCAAGGGACCCGGCCAGGUGAGCGGUAACGUGACAUUUAUCCAGGCUAAUCGCGGUGGCCCGGUCACGAUAACAGGAGUGGUGUCCGGUCUUACCGAAGGACCACACGGUUUCCACGUUCACGAGAAGGGAGAUGUUACCAACGGAUGCAUAUCCACCGGAUCGCACUUCAACCCACAAGGGAACAAACACGGCGGCCCCAACGACGAGACCAGACACGCCGGAGACUUGGGCAACAUCCAAGCGGACAACACGGGGGUGGCACAGUUCUCCUACUCGGACUCUCUCAUCUCACUGGUCGGCGCCCACAACAUCCUGGGUCGCGCAGUGGUCGUGCACGCCGACACCGACGAUAUGGGCCGCGGAGGGUUCACCGACAGCCUGACAACCGGACACGCCGGUUCCAGGGUUGCAUGCGGAGUCAUCGGAAUCCUUGAUCCGAUCACGCCAUGGGACAAGUCGGCGGGUCACCGAAGUCAGUCCACAUCGCACGUCUUGUUGCUGACCGCCGUGGCCGCGAUAUCGUCCAUGUUGGCCGCCAACUCGUUUUAAACGCCCACACGCCGACGAUAUCCACCUGCACUUCCAUCUCUACGCCUCCAAAAAACUCCCAUUACGCGAAGGUCCUCUCUUUUUCUCUUAACAAUAUUUAUGAAAGUACUUUUUGUAAUUUUUUUUUUUAUGCAAAUCUGCGUGAUCGAGCAUUUCUUCAUCUCGAGAUGACUAUAAGAAAACCGCGACGGAGCACAAUAUUAUAUACCUAUAUCUACAGCGGUUACUACCUUCUUGACCAGCAGUAACCUUAUAUAGGUAUACAUCACGACUAUAUAUAUAUGUAUAGGUAUGA